GAGCUCCGCGACGAGACGCGCAAGGACGUCCUGCAUCCGCAUACCCCGACUUUAUCCGGACGUGGGUUUCUUUGGUGGCGGCGGCAAAGCAGCGAGCCAUGGUGCGCUUCAAGAACCGGUACUUUGUCGUCGAAGUGAGCUUUGGCCGCAGCAAGAAGGGCCCGGCGCUCACAGCGCGCGACAUCUACUCGCUCGUGCUCGCCGCCAUUGCGAGCAACUACGGCGACUUUGGCGUCGGCACGAUGCAGGCGGCGCUGCAAGUGCUCUACUACAAUGCGAUCACACACUUGGCCGUCGUGCGCUGCGGCCGCGACGACGCGACGCAAGUGCACGCGUGCCUGACCUUUUUAACGGAGGCGCAACACCAGGACGCCAAGUUUCGCACGGUCGUGGUCUGCGGGUCUAGCCGCACGGUGAAAGAUACGCUCCUGAGGCUGUCGCGCGAACGUAUUCACGACGCAAAGCUGACGGCAAGUCACCCAACGAUCGAGUCGGACGUUGUCGCGGAGAUUGCAGGCCUCGAUAGCACACAGUAGACGCGACAAAUAUAACAGCAUGUGCUGCAUAGACCAUGUCCAUGGAACGUCGUCACAUUGGAUCACUG